AUGGCCCGUAUUUCCAAGUCGAAAGCUGCCAAGUUCAACGCCCAUACCUUGCAGAAGUUGCGAGAUGCUGUUGAAAUUGAUCCAGAAGUUGAUUUGACGACGAAAUUGCCAUUGAGAUAUUCUACUCGUUUGACUAAGAUGCGUCGCGUCGCCCAAUCGGAUGAAGAUGAAGAUAUUCGAGCAUUCCUUCGCGCAUCAGACUCUGUCGAAGUUGUCUUUUCGUUGUCCGAAGCCGUACUGAAUCUGCUAGGGGUACCAAGAAAUACUGAAUCUACGCCCAAUGACCUCUCGGAGCGACUAGUCCAUGUCGUACAGGCCGGCGAAAUCAUCUGGAAGGCCCCAUUUGCUCGCCAAAAAAUGGUCUUUAAAUGUGGUCACAAUAUCGCCGUGAAGGCAGUACAGGGCAUGGAGGAUUAUACUGAAUACACGACUUUGAAAUAUAUCCAAUAG